CGCCGGCGCCGCUCGCCGGGUGUGACGUCGUAACUGUGCGCCGCCAGCGGCGGUGGGCCUGGGGCUCGUGGGAGGGGAAGGAGGAGGAGGAGGGGAGGUUGGCGGCGGCGGAGGUGGAGGCUGAGCGGCCGCGGCGGGGUGGCACGGCGCGCGGCCCAGCACGUUGGCGUCGCGAAUCGAGGCGGCUCCGCCUGAAGACAGCGGGAGUGGCGGGGUCUCCGCCGUCCGAAAGAUGAGCCGGAAAGCCUGAGGCGGAGUCACCCGCCUUGGGGCCCGUGCGCCGGGCUUCCCCGCUCCGGGGUCCUGGAAGAUGAAAGAGAUUAUACAAGGGACCGGGUCUUGGGGGCCUGAGCCUCCAGGACCCGGCACCACUUACUCCAACCCCAGACGAGAGCCUCUUCGUUGGCCCCUUCCCCCCAAACCCCGGCUUAAGUCAGGUGGUGGGUUUGGGCCAGAUCCUGGGUCAGGGACCACAGUGCCAACUAGACGUCUCCCUGCCCCUCGGCCCUCUUUUGAUGCCUCCGCUAGUGAAGAAGAGGAAGAGGAGGAGGAGGAAGAGGAGGAAGAAGUAGCAGUUUGGAGGCUACCCCCUAGAUGGGGCCAACUGGGGGCCUCCCAGCGUCCUCGCCCUCUCCGACCCUCUCAUAGAAAAACCUGCUCACAGCGCCGGCGCAGAGCCUUGAGAGCCUUCCAGAUGCUGCUCUACUCAAAAAGCACCUCGUUGACAUUCCACUGGAAGCUUUGGGGGCGCCACCGAGGCCGGCGGCGGAACCUCGUGCACCCCAAGAACCAUCUCUCACCCCAGGAAGGGGGUGCAACGCCACAGGUGCCAUCACCCUGCUGUCGUUUUGACUCCCCCAGGGGGCUGCCCCCACCCCGGCUGGGUCUGCUAGGUGCUCUCAUGGCUGAGGAUGGGAUGAGAGGGUCUCCACCAGUGCCCUCUGGGGCCCCCAUGGAGGAAGAUGGACUAAGGUGGACCCCAAAGUCUCCUCUGGACCCUGAUUCGGGUCUUCUCUCAUGUACUCUACCCAAUGGCUUUGGGGGACUAUCUGGUCCUGAAGGGGAGCGCAGCCUGCCACCCCCUGAUGCCAGCAUACUCAUCAGCAAUGUGUGCAGCAUUGGAGACCAUGUGGCUCAGGAACUUUUUCAGGGCUCUGACUUGGGCACUGCAGACGAGGCAGAUCGACCUGGGGAGAAGGCUGGCCAGCACAGCCCCCUCCGGGAGGAACACGUGACCUGCGUGCAGAGCAUCUUAGAUGAAUUCCUUCAGACUUACGGCAGUCUCAUCCCCCUCAGCACUGAUGAAGUUGUAGAGAAGCUGGAGGACAUUUUCCAGCAGGAGUUCUCGACACCCUCCAGGAAGAGUCUGGUAUUACAGCUGAUUCAGUCCUACCAGCGGAUGCCAGGCAACGCCAUGGUGAGGGGCUUCCGGGUAUCCUAUAAACGACAUGUGCUCACCAUGGAUGACUUGGGGACCUUAUAUGGACAGAACUGGCUCAAUGACCAGGUGAUGAACAUGUAUGGAGACCUGGUCAUGGACACCGUCCCUGAAAAGGUGCACUUCUUCAACAGUUUCUUCUAUGAUAAACUCCGAACCAAGGGUUAUGAUGGGGUGAAAAGGUGGACCAAAAAUGUGGACAUCUUCAACAAGGAGCUGCUGCUGAUCCCCAUCCAUCUGGAGGUGCACUGGUCACUUAUCUCAGUUGACGUGAGGCGACGCACCAUCACCUACUUUGACUCACAACGGACACUAAACCGUCGCUGUCCUAAGCAUAUUGCAAAGUAUCUGCAGGCAGAAGCAGUAAAAAAAGACCGACUGGACUUCCACCACGGCUGGAAAGGUUACUUUAAAAUGAAUGUGGCCAGGCAGAAUAAUGACAGUGAUUGUGGAGCCUUUGUGUUACAGUACUGCAAGCACCUGGCCCUGUCUCAGCCAUUCAGCUUCACCCAGCAGGACAUGCCCAAACUCCGACGGCAGAUCUACAAGGAACUGUGUCACUGCAAACUCACUGUGUGAGCCUCAUACCCCAGACCCUUAGCCCAUUAAUGGGCAGGGGAACAAGGGAGACCCUUCCCAAGAAACUCCAAUUCCUUUUCUCCCACCCAAUUCCCUUUGGAUUUUCAUAUUUAAAUGUUUGGUUUCUGUAUUUUGUUUUCUUUGCGAGAAUGUUGGUUUCUGAUGGGAAGGGAAUGGCCACAUAAAAGCCCUUUUCUCCCUCUCUAGGGGAAUGUUGCCUUGUGGCCUAGGUGGAGCAGCCAUUCCUCCUUCCGUGUUCAGGGGGCAGGACAAUUGGGGGUGGUGGGCGGGCAAAGGGAUUACUGCCUGCCAGAUCUUCAAACUUUUUUUUAUAUAUAAAUAUAUAUAAAAAUGCCACGGUCCUGCUCUGGUCAAUAAAGGAUCCUUUGAAGAUA